AUGCUUGCGGUCGCCAUCCUCCCGCCGACCCUGCUGCUCUGCUGGCUCGCAGCCCCGUGGCCUGCCCGGCCUGAGACCCUCUUCCACAGCCGGGGCCGCUCGGACCUGGCGCCGUCCCCGCUGCGCCGGGCCACGCCCAUCGCCGACCUACGUGCCGCACAGAGGUUCCUGUCCAAAUACGGCUGGGCAGAGGGGCCUUCGGGGGCGGGGCCGCCCGAGGGUCCCCAGGGCGCCGCCCUGGCCGAGGCCCUGCGCAGGUUCCAGAAAGUCAAUGCGCUGCCGGCCAGCGGGAAUCUGGAUGCGGCCACGCUGGCGGCCAUGAACCGGCCUCGCUGCGGUGUCCCGGAUGCGCGGCCCCAGCUGCGGGAUAAGAGCACCGCGCCCCAGACCCCGCCGGGCCUGCGCCCCAGGGCCCGCCCAAAGCGCUUCCUGCAAAUGCUGCUUCCAGGGCCAGGCCGGCAGCUCGAGGGCUCCCCGCAGAGCGGGGGAACCCUGGCCUUCGCCAAAAAGACCCUCACCUGGAGGCUGGUGGGGGAAGGCUACAGCAGCCAGCUCUCCGUGGAGGAGCAGCGGUACAUCUUCCGCCUGGCCUUCAGGAUGUGGAGCGAGGUGAUGCCCCUGAACUUCCGGGAGGACCUCACCGCCCCUGCGGCCGCCAUUGACAUAAAGCUGGGCUUCGGCCGAGGCCGGCACCUGGGCUGUCCUCGGGUUUUUGAUGGGAGUGGACAGGAGUUUGCACACGCCUGGCGCCUGGGCGACAUUCACUUCGACGAUGAUGAGCACUUCACCCCUCCCACCAGUGACAUGGGCAUCAGCCUCCUCAAGGUGGCUGUCCACGAAAUCGGCCAUGUCCUCGGCCUGCCGCACAGCUACAGGGCAGGAUCCAUAAUGCAGCCGAAUUACAUUCCCCAGGGGCCUGCGUUGGAGCUGGACUGGUCGGACAGGAAAGCCAUCCAAAAGCUGUACGGUUCCUGUGAAGGUGCAUUUGACACCGUAUUUGACUGGAUUCGCAGAGAAAGAAACCACCACGGAGAGGUGACGGUGAGGUUUAGCACCUAUUUCUUCCGCCGCAGCUGGUACUGGCUUUAUGAAAAUCGAAACAACCGGACCCGUUACGGGGACCCCAUCCUCAUCCUCACUGGCUGGCACGGAGUCCCGGCGCAAGACAUAGACGCUUUUGUCCACGUCUGGACGUGGGGAAGAGACGAACGUUACUUUUUUAAAGGGACGCAAUACUGGAGAUACGACAGCGACAGGGACCAGGCCCACACGGAAGACGAGCAAGGAAAACGCUACCCCAGGUCGAUCUCGGAAGGAUUUCCGGGCAUUCCCAGUCCCCUGGACACCGCCUUCUACGACCGGAGGAGGCAGCUGAUUUACUUCUUCAGAGGGUCCCUCGUGUUCGCGUUCGACGUCAACAGGAACCGAGUCCUCGGGUCUUACCCGAAGGAGCUGGCGGACGCCUUCCCGGCGAUAGAGCGGCGGGACCACCCGCUCCGGGACCUGGACGCGGCGUACUACUCCUACGCGCACAAGGCGGUCUUCCUGCUCAAAGGCAGCGCGUACUGGAAAGUGGCGAGUGACGGGGACCGGCAGCGGCGCGCGGGGCUCCCGCCCAACGGCGUGUUCCCCCGGCAGCCCAUCCCCCGGAAGUGGUUCGACGUGUGCGACGUCCACGCCUCCACGCUGGACAUGUCGUGAGAGGUGCGGGCGCGUGGAGGGAGCGGCGGGUUUCUCUUCCGAGAGUCAGAUUUCUUUCACAGAGAAAACCCACCAGACUUCCACUAACCGAAGCGAAUAGGGCUAAGUUAAAACCAAUGGAGAAAGUAUCACUGAACUUUUAAAAUACUUGGUAUCUAAAAAUCAGUUACACAAAAAAUAAUUCCACCGAUUUUACAAAAUUUGUUUAGAAAGGUUAAGAGAAAUGCUGAGGAAUCGGCUCCUUUCCACGGUCGCCAGGGCUCUGCAGCCCCGCCCUUAACACGCCUGGCCACCACCCCACCGACGUCCAACACGUCCAGCCCGGGGUCCAACCACAGACGGCGCGGCUCCCUAAGGGACCUGCGGAACUCAGGCGCAGUGCUUGCUCUUGACGCCCCCCUCCUCACUCGGGCCUGGUGCCCGGACACUGUCCGUUCCUGGGGUGCUCUUCGCUCGAAUACAGGCCUGCAUCGCAAACGGUCCUGGACAGAGAGCUUCCAAGCUCAGCCCCUUCAGAGCAAGAGACACUUUUUGUGGAGGUCUGUUUCUGUCCCGAGGGCUAACUGGACGUUUCCCUGUAACCACCACCUCCAAGGCAGGCACAUGUCCCUCCGACUUUCACAUAAUGUAGCCUCUUAAUAACGAACGAAACCCCCGACGUCCGCACGUGAUGACGGGGGCGGAACUCUGGCACUGACACCGACUGGCUGGCGAAGACUCGGCUGUCCGGAGGAUCAGGCCCCCCACCCGGACUCCUUUCAAGGAACAGCUAGAACACAGCAUUUUUAUGCUUAUUUAAACCCAGAUCAGCAAAUUACACACAUUUUGCAAGCCUCCCCCACCGCCCUGUAACAAUUUCACACUGCUACUUUGACACAGGAUGGAUGGGAUGAGUAUCUUCUCGCUUAAAAACACACCUUCCUCUCGACUGCAAGGCUGUUGGGCUGAGCAGAGACUCCCGUCCCCGCCUCCAGCUCCCUCCUGCAGACAUGGGAGCCCGUUCUGAAACCCUUCAUCCAAACGAGGUAGCUUCUCCGUGCGCAGGUCUGACGAGUGGAACAGUGACAGGCACCAAGUGCUUGCCCAGGGGAACAGUGACAGCUGUCCCAACAAGAGGCAUUUGCUGACUUCAUACAGCUGUUUUCCGGUGUAAUCAAAACUUUAAAUGCUUCCCUGCCCAAUUUUUGAAAAUGGAUGCAAAUCUGUCCUAAGGACAACGCAAACCAACAACAAGGGCGUGGACAAAGGGCAAGAGAGUCCUGCCAUCUCUACCAGAGGGUCAGCUCACUGUCAAGAACACCUGAAAACCUCAGUGCACGAGAAAGCAGUUUGUAAAAAUGCAUCUUAAAACGAGCCUACUCCACCCACUUCCCUAGCACAGCUCAGAGCCCUUCACAGGGGUGCACCUGGAGGGGCUGCCAGGCGGGCGGGGCGCAGAGUCUGCAGGGACGGUGACCUGGCCAGCACUGAUGGGCACGCUCCCGUGCACUGCGACGUCAUGCACGGAAACCCAGCCGUCCCCCUGCAAGCACUGCACUGUCCACCAGGAAGUGCCAACGCGGUACGUCCGUGUGCUCCUGGACGCGGCCGCGUGCCAAGUACUAAGUAUAAUAUCCUGGUGAGAGUCCGGUGCAUGGGAGGACUUGACUUUUAUUGUUUUAAUCUUUACUUUGUAAAAUUAAUUAAACGAGUUCACAUCAAAACUCAACGUGAAGAAUGUGAAAUAG